CUUAAAGAACGAGCUUCACAAUGGCUAUGCGAGUUCCAGAGAUCUGUAAUAAUCCAAUGCUAUUUCACAGAGUUACCUGCUUCCUCUCACGAGGCCUUAAAAGAUUCUCUGCUGGAGCACGUUCGGGAAAUGUCAGAAGAAACUCAGCUUCCCAUAGCCAAUCAAUUGUGCUUAGCUGUCGCAGAUCUCUUCUGUCACAUGGUUCAAUGGAGCAACGGGAUUUCUAACAUUAUUAAUAGCAAUAAGCUUAGACUAGGUCUUAACAGAAGACAUGCACUUUUAGCUGAAUUUGAAUCAAGCAAGGAGCUAAUUAUUAAAUUUUUGUCAUACAAAGUUGCAUCUGCUUCCGAAUCUGAAUUGGCUCGAAUAUUUAACUGCCUAGCCAGUUGGCUUGAUAAUUCAUGUGUGCUCACAGAGAACGAUGUUUCCGUCAGUCCACUCUUAGAAGCAGCUUUCUUCUUACUUCGUAACCCUAUGAAUACAUCUGAAUCGGCUUAUGAAUCUGCCACUCAAUUCGUUCUUGCACUCCUCUAUCAAGGACGCAAAUUUGAUGCUGAGGGCAGUAAACUUAUUUCAUGGCUUCAGUCCAACGUUUAUCAAUUGACUGAGGUUCUCGUCCGUUGUGCAAAUGCCAUGGCCGCUAGCCACUCUGUUUCUGGCUUAGGUAGACAAGAGCAUGAACAACAGGUAUCCAAGUUAUCGGAUCCAUGUUCCUGUAUUGCCCAAAUAAUUGAUGAGUUGUCUCGUGCACUAAAACGCCACAUAGUCGGCAAGCCAUCUCCUGUUGGUUCAGGAGCUUUGGGAGAUCUUCGAUCAAUGGAAUCACUGAUCACUGUUCUUGAACUUCCUGCUCCCAUCGGCACUCGUGAACUUAUAGUCAAUGUUUUUUCUAGUCUUCAGAAUAUUGCUGAUGAUGCAAUCAAGGUACCGGCUUGA